CUUUUCUCUCGCCGGAAUUUCCUCCAUUUUUUCCCCACCCUUGCCUUUCCAUUUUCUCUCACUUUCUCGCCGUCCAAACAGACCCUCACAACACGCACUACUCUUUGUUGAUAGUGGUGACGACUUGAUAUAAUUUUUUUUUAUUGAGGAUCGAAUUGACUGUUCUUAUUCCGUGAAUAUUUGGAUUUGGAGUGUUUUCUUUUAUUUACUUGUAUUUAGUUUUUAAAAGAAUAAUUUGUUUUUGCGGGGGUUUGAUUUGUGUGAUUGGGGGGAUGGGGGCGAUGACGUCAUCGAUGGCGGCGAAGUUUGCUUUCUUUCCGCCGAAUCCGCCUUCAUACCAGGUGGUGGUGGAGGAGGUGAUUGGGAAGCUGACCAUGACUGGUGUGGUGAAUAGGGGAAACGCUGACGUUUUGAAGCUGGCGACCGAGAGAGGGAAUCAGGUGGUAGCGGUCUACUUUAGGAACCCUGAAGCUAAGCUGACGAUGUUGUAUUCGCACGGUAACGCCGCCGAUCUUGGCCAGAUGUACGAUUUGUUUAGCGAACUCAGUUUGCAUCUCCGAGUCAAUCUGAUGGGGUCAGUCCACGCUUUGACUUUUCUUUGUGUAUUCAAUUGGAUCAUGGCUUUAUUGAUGAUUAUGUAUUGCGUACUUACAUCGCGUUCAUUAAUAUAUCUGUGCAGGUAUGAUUACUCUGGUUAUGGCCAGUCGACUGGGAAGCCAAGUGAGCAGAACACAUACGCUGACAUAGAAGCUGCAUAUAGGUGCCUUCUUGAGAAAUAUGGGGCGAAGGAGGAAGAUGUUAUCCUGUAUGGACAAUCAGUGGGAAGUGGACCUACUCUAGAUUUGGCAACCCGGUUACCAAGAUUGAGGGCUGCGGUUCUCCACAGUCCAAUCAUGUCUGGACUCCGCGUCAUGUAUCCAGUGAAGCGAACUUACUGGUUCGACAUUUAUAAGAACAUUGAUAAAAUACCGAUUGUCAAUUGUCCAGUACUGGUGAUCCAUGGCACUGCUGAUGACGUUGUGGAUUGGUCACAUGGGAAGCAACUCUGGGAGCACUGCAAGGAAAAGUAUGAACCGUUAUGGAUUAAAGGGGGAAACCAUUGUGACCUGGAACUAUACCCACAAUACAUCAAGCAUCUCAAGAAGUUUAUAUCAGCCAUUGAGAAGUGGCCUUAUCAACGGAAAGUGUCUGGCACAUUUAAAGACCAACCAGAUAAUAAUCCAAGGAAGAGCACAGAUGUUAGAGAUACUUCCAGAUCAAGCACAGAUCAAAAAGAUAGGCCUAGACCAAGUACUGGCCACCGAGAAAUGCCAAGGGCAAGCACAGAUCGUAGAGAGAAAUCAAGAACUAGUGUUGAUAGGAGAGAUAAAUUAAUAAAGAGUGUGGACCGUUCUGAGAAAGCCGGUAAUGCCACUGACCAGCCUGAAAAAGCGAGGAACAGCAUUGAUCGCUUUGGAAACAUGGUGAGAUCAGUCGGAUUUUGUAAUAUUGAUUGUUUUAAACCAUCAGCAACAGCCCUUUGAGGAAGUGACGGUUAGUAGGCUGAUUCAGGUUGUGUAUUUCAUUCUUAGUUAUUUGAUUUGCCUAUUGUUUGGGUAUAGGGAAAAUUUCUUGGUACUUAUUAUCCAUUUUCCACUAGAAAAAAUAGGAAAUUUAUUUAUGGGCAAGUUGUACAUCUAAUUCAUUAUCUUUUCCCACUAAGUCUCUCUCUGUAAGAUACACAUGCUUUCUUCGUUCUAAUUUGGCGCUGAUUUGAAUUGAUGGAAGCUUCUGUACAGCAUUUGCUUUAAUUCAACACAGUUCCUCUCUAUCUUUCUGUGAAUUUAGGUUUUGAUGAGAGAAAUCAAGGUUGCACAACUUGCCUGUAAAUUCUCUCCAAAUACUGGUUUCAUGUCUGAUAUGAGUUAUUAGAUUAUUGCAGAGCGUUUUAGGUUGAUGGGGAAAAAAGUAUUCGCCAUAGUGUGUGCCUUGUAUGACUUUACGUUGUAUUGAGAGUUGAGGCAGGAUUCUAGACCAUUGUAAUUUUGUUUUGAUUCAAAGAAGUUGAAUUGCAUUCAGUAUCAUCAUCCCUA